CGAUUUGUAAGGAGCAGAUCCCAGUUCAAAGUUGACUAUCGCUUGUCUGCGGUCUUCAUUUUCGUUGAAUUUUUUUCAUAUUCGAAGAUCGUAGAAUAGGAUUGCUCAUGUGUUAACUGGUUUUUGUUGUUUUACUACUCUUGAGAAGGAUUGGUCUGAGGUCCGUCCAUCUUCUAUUAAUCAGUUCUUUGUUGAUAUUACAAAAUUUCCUUUCAGCUAAAAAUCAAGAGCUACUGAUCCUAUUUGCGGUGGAUGUUGAAGUUAAACAACGCGUUUCGGCUUUUUCCUUGAAUUUUCUGCUUCGGAUAGAAUCAAAAGUCUUUUCCCUCCCCUUUUAAGUUCGUUUGUACAAUGAAUCGCUUCUAACUAGAAAAGCCAUCGAAAUUCUCUUCAGAUCUCUGCAAUUGACUUGUUUUUCCGAUUUUCUAAAUUUCCAAGGUUGAUGAUCUUUUGCAAUGUAACAUUGCAGUUCAGAAAGAACUAUGGGUGAUUGUAAAUCUGAGCACUUCUUGAGAGACUUCUAUAUCCCGAGUUACAUUCUUGUGCCCGACUUAGAGGUUGAACCUGUUUCCUAUAUCCCUGCCUGCCCUGUAUUGGUGUUCAUAAACUCCAGAAGUGGUGGUCAGCUUGGUGGGUCUUUGCUUGAAACAUAUCAUGAUCUUCUCAACAAAGAUCAGGUUUUUGAUUUGAGUGAAGAAGCUCCUGAAAAGGUUCUAAACAAGAUUUAUGUCAAAUUAGAAAAGCUUAAGAUCAGUGGAGAUGGUUUUGCUGCUGAAGUUGAGAAAAGAUUGAGAUUAAUAGUUGCAGGUGGGGAUGGUACAGAUAGUUGGCUGCUUGGAGUUGUUUCUGAUCUUAAACUAUCUAAGCCACCCCCAAUCGCUACUGUGCCACUGGGAACUGGGAACAACCUUCCAUUUUCAUUUGGUUGGGGAAAAAAGAAUCCUGGCACAAAUAAGGAGUCUGUGAAGUUGUUCUUGAAGCAAGUAAUGGAAGCAAAAGAAAUGAAAAUAGACAGCUGGCAUAUUAUCAUGAGGAUGAGAGCUCCUGAAGAAGGUUCUUGUGAUCCCAUUCCACCUCUGGAGUUACCACAGUCUCUGCAUGCAUUUCAUCGGGUCUCUCAAACAGAUUCACUGAACAUGGAAGGUUGUCACACAUUUCGUGGAGGAUUUUGGAACUACUUUAGUAUGGGAAUGGAUGCCCAAGUAUCAUAUGCAUUUCAUUCUGAGCGGAAGUUGCAUCCUGAGAAAUUUAAGAAUCAGCUAGUUAAUCAGAGUACUUACGCAAAGCUUGGAUGUACACAAGGAUGGUUUUGUGCUUCUCUUUUUCAUCCUUCUUCACGGAACAUAGCAAAUCUUGCAAAGGUUAAGAUCAUGAAGAGACAUGGUCACUGGAAAGAUCUCCACAUUCCUCACAGCAUUAGGUCAAUUGUCUGUCUCAACUUGCCUAGCUUUUCUGGUGGACUUAAUCCAUGGGGAACACCAAAUAAGAAGAAAGAACUAGAUAGAGGCUUGACCCUUCCAUAUGUAGAUGAUGGCCUUCUUGAGAUUGUUGGUUUUAGGGAUGCUUGGCAGGGGCUUAUUUUACUUGCUCCAAAGGGACAUGGAACUCGUCUUGCACAGGCACAUCGUAUCCGUUUUGAAUUUCACAAAGGUGCUACGGACCAUACAUACAUGAGGAUUGAUGGGGAACCAUGGAAGCAGCCCCUCCCUGUUGAUGAUGACACUGUUGUAGUUGAAAUCUCUCACCUUGGUCAAGUAAACAUGCUUGCCACCCCAGAUUGCCGAUCCAAAAGUAUCCAAGACCCAUUGGCACCCAGCAGUCAUUAUAGCGAAGAGGAAGAUAGUAAUGAUGAAGACUCUGAGGAAGAUUUAGAGGAGCGGAGGAAGUUUGGAGCAGCAGAUACAUUCAGAAUUCCUGAUGAAGUUGAUAUUACUCAUCUUAGUUAAGCUCGACAUUGUCAUUCAUUGUUUUUUCUGUCAUUGUCUUGUUUUCUUUUUCUCCGAUUGAGGUUUAAAUGUUGUCUCCCAUUUGUAACAUAAGAUUCAUAUUUUUCCCUUUUGUAGAAUAUUUGAUUGCAUGAUUGAUAUAAAUAUGGUGUUCGUAAGCUUUAUGGGUGAA